AGCCACCCGGGCACAACUUUUCUUCCCUUCCCGCCCCUCCUCCCAGUUGUUUUGUUUUUGGUUACUAGCUUCUCUUGGCAGCAAAAUGUUGGGGGGGCGGGGGGAAUCUGCAGGAAAAAGCCUGCUCCGCACGGGACAUAUCCAGGAAAACAAUGUGGUCGGCAGAAGCAGGAAACGGGUUAGAGGCGAGGGUCGGAACCGGGAAAACCGGGGGAUGGGGGACGGAAGGCAGCCGUUGCCUCCCCCAAAACCAGGGACGAGAGUGACUUUAAUGCCAUCCCCAACAUUUUUUUGACACCCAAGCCCAGGAAUCCCAGAUACCGCACCCAAUCCCAGUCUGGGGGUGGGGAGAGAUCUUUGCGAGGAGGUGCUGGAGAAGAUACCUCCCUGGCCAAGGCCCGGGAGGCUGGAGGGAAACAGGCGGGAGCGCGAAGGCCGGCGUCUGGUUCCCUGUCUCGCCGCAGCGGGGACCCUCCCUCCUUGGCCGCCCCUUUCCUCCCUCUGAGCGCCAGGAGGAGGUUCCGCGAGUAUCUUCCACUUCCCGGGGCCGGAGGAAGAGCCGCACUGAGAGAGGCAGAGAAGGAGUAGAGGCGGCGUGGUUCAGGCUGGCAGGAAGCGAGGAAGCAAUUGUGAGAUCGGCCCCCCAGUCCCCUGAGGAGCCUCCGCCAACUCCGCAGGACCCCGCCGGGAAGCUGAACCCACCCCUUUACCAAUCACCGCCCGCUUUCUAUCGACCGAUGGGGCAUCCAGCCAAUAAGAAUAGCUGAUCUCAAGACCAGGGACAUGGGGAGGAGCCUACGAAACUUGGAGGUGUGACUAACACUCACUGCUGAGGCGUGGUCGCAGAGUAAGCUCCUCCCGGGGCUGUCGAACCCUAAAGUAGAACUGAUGGGCGGUAUUAAAAUGGAACCAACAGCCAAACACAAACUCUUGAGAAAAGCCAUGACCAAUUGGACUGGGGUAGGGAGGAGGGGCGUUGGCGGGGAAUUUUAGCCAAUAGAGAGCAGAAGUAGGUGGGGACUGUAGAACAUCUUCCAAUAAAAAACGUAAAAGGGCGUGCCUUGCCACUCCACCAGGGCGGGAGGAGGGUUGGCCCGAACCUCCCGAAAUCCACCAAUGAGAUGGGAGGCGGAGCCAAGCUUGGCCAACCAGAAAGCCUAUCUGAUCUCGGCACCGUUACUGGGGCGGGGCGUACGGUCUCCAAGCCAUUGAGCUCUCAUCAGAGGAAGGCCCGAGAGCUGCCAAUGCGCGACUUGGGCGAACUCUAGUUCUCCCAAUCGGUGCGACGCGCUGGCAAUUCAAACUGACAGCCGGAAAAAGCGGAAGAAGGAGCAAAGAACGACGUGUUCGGUGACAGACUACAGCGCCGAAAGAACCUAAAAGCAACCCCUGCUCCACUUCACCAGCACCACCGCUCACUCAGGAGCAGCCGCUGUGGGAGACACCUGAGGGGACCGCGAGGGAGAACUGAGGGAGGGAGGACGCGAGACAGCGCGAGCGCGAGCACGCUGAAGGCCGGGGGUGCUGGGAGCCCAGCUUGCUGCCAAGCAGUGCUGAGAGUCGCGGGAGAACGGAGGAUUGAGGAGAGCCAGGGUCCUCCCGGUGGAAAAGCUGAAGGGUUCUGAAUCCUAGGAAGAGGUGGCGUGGGGGGAGAGGGAGGAAUUGGAGAGCUCCGCAGGAGUGGCUUAGGCUGGGAGAGGGAUGUGGUUAGAGAGAAGCUUUAAAUAAAAAAGACUGCUGGAGAAGCCUGGGGGAAUUGCUGAAGGGGCGGGGGCUAAAGAGGAGAGGAUCCUCACAGACCGCAGAAAGGGAAAGCUGAUGACAAAGUUUCCCUGCAAACCCCACUCACCUCCUCCCCACCUCUAACGCCUCUCCCUUCUCCGGAAGUUAAAAGGAAGCCAAACUGUUGCCCCCACCCCAUUCCCAAUCAAUAAAUAUUUCUUCUAUCCUUCCACUGGGAAAACAGGAAAGGACUCUUUUCCUUCCCAAUUUUAGGACUUAUAAGAACUCGUGACUUGGUCUUUAGACUAGGGGGCUCAAAGUAGGAAGGCUAUUGCUCUUAUUUCCUUUUUCAAAACCCCGCACCUCAUCCUUCGUGGGACGCUAUGUCUACAAGCAGUUGUAGUUUCAAGGACCGAUGCGUGUCCAUCCUGUGUUGCAAAUUCUGUAAACAAGUGCUCAGCUCUAGGGGCAUGAAGGCUGUUUUGCUGGCUGAUACUGACAUAGACCUUUUCUCUACAGACAUCCCUCCUACCAAUGCAGUGGACUUCAUUGGACGAUGCUAUUUCACCGAAAUCUGCAAAUGUAAACUUAAGGACAUCGCGUGUUUAAAAUGUGGGAACAUUGUAGGUUAUCAUGUGAUUGUUCCAUGUAAUUCCUGCCUUCUUUCCUGCAACAACGGACACUUCUGGAUGUUUCACAGCCAGGCAGUUUAUGGUAUAAACAGACUUGACUCCACUGGUGUAAACUUCCUGCUUUGGGGCGAUUUGCCAGAGAUAGAAGAAAGUACAGAUGAAGAUGUGUUAGAUAUCUCAGCAGAGGAGUGUAUUCGAUGAAUGGAAUUAUGACAUAUGUGUAAUUUUUUUUCAUAUUUAAAAUAUGUUAAUGGAUCAACUUUAAAACUGUAGUGAGGAUUUACUACUGAUUUUCUCUCCUCCUCCCUUUCUUUCUUCUCUUUUAAAACAAAAAGGGGCAUUUGUUGAUUUAUUUAUUCGCUAUCUCAAAUUAAUUACCUCAGUUUAAUUUAAGCCAAUGAAGUUAUUCUUUCCUUCUACUUUUACUUCUUCCUCUCCUCUACUACUUCUGUCUGGUAUAAGUGUAUUCUUAAUUUCAGUUAAAAGAUUCUUUUUACAUGUCACCCAGCUACCUCCUGAUCUAAAGAAGUUUUUCUUACAGCUUGAUGCCAGAUAUCAUUGAUUUUUACAUUCCUGACUAAAGGGCAUUAGUAUCCACUCAUAUCAAAUACACAUGUAUCAGACUCAUCUAAGUAUUAAGAGGGAGUUUAAAAAAAGCAAGCUAUUAGGUUUCCAUGAGUACUGGUUAGCAUAUGUGAUAACUGUUUUAAUGUGAAGCGAAACUUAUGAAUCAGCUUAUAGAAUAAAUUAAAACUUUAAAAUAUAUGGAAAAAUCUUUUUGAUCCGUUGGCAUGUUGUUAGAUAAAUGAGUUUUUAAAAAAAUUAUCAAUAUAUACUGUUUACUGAUGUUAUUUAUUUACAUUCUCCUAAAGCCAUUAUGGAUAUUGUAUUAUGAAAGCCAGAUAAACUAAACCUUAGUCUUUAUGUUUUCCUAUUCCCUAGGGCUUUUUCUAUGAAUAGCAAAUUUUAGAUGAGUAGUGUUUGUCCAAACCCUAAUAUGGAAAGAAGCUUAAGCCACUGUAUAUUAUAAAGAAUUUUUUUUCAUUGUUUGUUGUUUUUAAAAAUUGUAUUCAGAGCCACACAGAAAUAGGAAACUGGGAUAAUGUGGAUUCUGGUUUUAUGUAAAGCUAAAAUCAAUGUGUCUCCUUAACUAAUAUCUUAGUUGCAGGAAUUUUGUCAAUAAUGGUACCAAAGAAGACUUAAUUGGAGUUUUGUAAAUAAAGUUGGUUCUAAAAAUGAC